AGCCAUCUGUCCCGCCUCGUCAUUUCGCUGCGAAAGCCAAACUUGCCUCAAAAGACGACGAACAAGAACAUGUUCUGGCUGAGUCGUUGAAAAGGCGACAGUGCUGCCUAAGUUAUGCACCUCUUCUUCCGCCCAGCCACAAUCGACGCAUCGCUUGACAGUAGCCUCGUGGCGGUACUGUCGGGCGUCGAUGCCACGUAUUCAGGUGGUAAGGCUGUAUGCACGCCUCGGGCAACAUGCAGUUAUCAUUAGGACCAUCGUCACUCCUUGAGAAUGACAUGUCAGCCAAAAGGCCAGGGCGGAUUGCAAACCACCGUCUUCACCAUCAAUCCGGUCGAGAUCCACUAGAAUACUCGUGUUCCGGAAUCGCAACAAGACCCCCUGUGUGCAACCACGGUCAGGUGCUCCGCUGUCUUGUUCAGCUGCCCCAGAUUUAUCGUUUUAGCAUAGUGCUGUACUAUCACGCUACGGGUAAAAUGCACCAUGAACUAAGCCAAGUCUUAAUCAGUGACAUGAUGAAACACAGCUAAGUUGUGUAAAUCGAGAAAAAAAAAGUUGAGCUAAGCAGACCAGCUCUCAGAACGCACGCUCCAUGCAGAAGGCCCCCUCUACAUCCCGCCAAAAAAGACCACCUUGUCUCGUUCUAAAAGGCUUUUUGGCACCCUCCAAUUAUCAUCUUCGACCCCGGACAAAACUUGUGACCGUCGUUGAGAUAAGCCUUUUUUUUUCUUCGUGUUACGGGUGCGAAGAUGACUAUCAAAUCACAUCAAGUCCAAAGGGUUUGUCGAAUCCAAAACGCCGUCCCUCGUGUCGACCUUCCUGUGCAGUGUGCCCAGGAGAGACGGUGAGGUAGGUAUAUCCUUCGAUCUCGGGCUCUUCAGACACAGUCGAGGAAAUGCAAAAACAACGUCAGCCUUACGUAUCGUCAAUCAAGGAGAGAACGCGCACGUCGAAGGGCUCGUUCGGCCUACCGCACAGGGUCGGAUUCCCAAGAUGAAAGACAAAAAAAAAAUAUAAAACUUAAACAAAGCCAAAAAUGCCGAGAUGAGGAUGACAGGAAAGUGCUCGUUGCAAAAGUUAAAAAAAAAUGGGGGAAAGGGUGUGGGGAGGGUUUAAAGCUUUAUCCAUUAGCCAGAGGUAUCUGUAUGUACAAUUAAUGCACGACUAUAAGGUAGAGUCACACAAUCGUUUCUAAAACGCGUCCUUCGGCCUCACCCG